ACAGACGAAUAUAGAGCGAUCGCACAAAUGUAAACAUAACAGACCAACCAAAAGUGACGUGUUUCGUUUAAAUUUGGUUCGUCAAAAAACUACCAACUAUAAUGAGCAAACAAUUUGAAGAUCACUAUGGGACCCUUGGAAUCGAUCAAAAGGCAACAAAUGAACAAAUUAGAACUUCUUAUAUUAGGCUUGUGAGGAUAUGGCAUCCAGACAAGAACCCGAGGCAAGGUGCCAAGGGACUCGAAUUUUGUAAGGCAUUAAAUAGAGCAUACGGAGUACUUUCAGAUCCUGUGCUGCGCAGAGACUAUGAUCGUAUCUAUAAUGUCCAUAGAAAUCAAAAGGAGUGUCAAGAAAGCCAGUCACAAGGUCAAGGGAACAACAGCAGCCAUCAUCAACAGGAAAAUGCGAAAUCUAGCAAUGAUCGUGGAUAUAAACAGGACAAUCAAAAUCAAAAAAAGAACCAGGAUCAAUAUAAUAAAAGAAGUUCCCACCAAGAGAACGCAAAAUCUAACAAUGAUCGUGGGUAUCAGCGGAACAAUCAAAAUCAAAAAAAGAACCAGGAUCAAGAGAAUAAAAAAAGGUACCACCAAGAGAACGCAAAAUCGAACAAUGAUCGUGGAUAUAAACCGAACAAUGAAUAUCAGAAGAAUACCGGCAAUCAAGAAUAUAAAAAAUAUGAUCAACAUAGCCAUCAAGAUCGAAACAACUACGAAAAUCAAAGAGGCUACCAAAAUCAAAAUAAUGACUACAGUCGUUGGCACGAGCAUCGGAACAACCAAGAUUGGAGUAACCGCAGUUCUCACUACAGCUCCCAAUAUGAAAACUUUGAAAGAAAUCGAAGCGGUCCAGACAACGCCAACUUAUAUGAAAUUCUCGGUUUAAAAACGAAUGCUAAAAAGCAGGAUAUUGAAAGUGCAUUUCGCAAAUUGGCAAUGCAAUACGGCAAUAGUGAAAACUCUGCGGUCAAGCGACAAUUCCAAAAAAUUCUUGGGGCCUAUUUAGUUUUAAGUGAUCCAGUCUUGCGUGCCAACUAUGAUAGGGAAAACCACAAUAACAGUGAAAGGAGAAGUAACUAUGGAACAUUUACAUUUUUUAGCAACGAGCAUUUUGAUGAAUGGCGGUCAUCAUUUUUUAAUAACCCAGGUAUUUGGAAAGCUAUCUGUCUUGUUUGCAUAGGUGGCGGAUACGUAUUAAUCAUUGUUUGCAAAUGGACGGUUAUUAUACUAUAUCAUUUAGCAAAGUAUAUCAUUAAAAUUUUGCCACCUCUGCUGCUGCUACUAGGGAAACUAAUUUGUAUUAUUGUUCCCCCAUUGUUCAAGGGGUCAAUAUUUUUGCUUAAAGGCUUAGCAAUAAGUAUUGGCUGGAGCUUCAAAAUGUUAUUGAGGUGUGUGAUUGGAUAAAGUAAGAAUAACAUUUUAAAAUCGAAAGAUCGUCAAAUUUGUAAGCCUAAAAUAACAGGAAGUUGUCUUAUUGUAUUGUCUCAUUGUAAUCAAAAAAAAAAAU